AUGCAAUCUUCAAACGCCGAACACUUCUUCGAAACCGACGCCGAACAGGAGAAGAGGCAGCGGCGGGCGGCCAAGGCUGGCAACAAAUAUGGAAAUCCCAUUCAACUGAAAUCAAAGAUUCUGGCCGCCGUGCCCGACCCCAGAUCUCCAUCAUCAGCCCUCCUAGUGGCCGAGUCGGCGGGAGCUGUGCGCCUAGUCAACCUUGAUAAUCCCGACAGCACUAAGGUUUUCCGGGGUCCAACCGCCCCGGUCUGCUGUGUUGCGGUCGGCGGCCCCAACUCGGCGACUCUGUUCGCCGGGUCGUGGGACAAGUCCAUAUGGUCUUGGGACUUGGCAUCGGGGGCGCCGGGGCGCAGAUACACUGGUCACACAGACUUUGUCAAGGCCGUCGUUUGCUCCAAGAUUGGCGGCAAGGAUAUCUUGAUCAGCGGCGGGGCAGACAAGAAGAUCCUCGUCUGGGAUAUCGUCUCAGGGGCUCGACUGCACACCCUGCAGGAUAGCGUCGUCAACAUGCUCAGUAUACAGGAUCUUGUCGUUGACCACGCUUCUUCCAGCGAAACCGAGAUCUGUUUAAUCAGUGCCAGCAGCGACCCCCACAUUCGUCGGUGGAAGAUUUGGGUGGAUGGAUGGGAGCAAAUCGCCGAGCCAUCACCUCAGGCACCAGGCGCAGAACGCCACACCAUUGUGGAGCAUGAGACGACCGUAUAUAAGCUCGUGCUUGAGCAUGACGGCGGAGAAGUCAAUUUGUGGACUUCGAGCGGCGAUGGCACGGCGAAGUGCUUAUCGAGGCUAAGAAACUUCACCUGCGAGGACAGCUUCCACCACGGGGACCACGUGCGCGCCGUGGCCGUCACAGACCAAUGGGUUAUCACAGCCGGAAGAGAUGAGGAUGUCAAAUUCUGGGAUCGCGCUUCGGGGAAGCUCUACUGUUCCCUUGUGGGACAUUACGACGAGGUCACUGAGCUUGUUAUGUUACGGGGUACUAAUGGCUCAAGUGAGCGGCUCUGCAGUUUAAGCAUCGACGGCACGAUCAGGACUUGGCCGCUGGAGAAAUCCGGGCUUGACGCUGCCGUUAUGGAGCAGGAAAAACCUGCCGAAGCCGAGAAAGAGGAUGACGCCGGCGGCAAUGGCUUACUCAGCGCUGAAGAGGAAGCCGAGCUAGCUGCUCUUAUGGAAGAAGACUGA